AUGAGAUUUUUCGUACUAUUAGGACUUUUGACACCGGCAGUUUUGGCCUCGUUCUUCGACACGGAUGCGGGUAAGCGGGUGUCCGCACACCUGGAACAGCUUGGUGACGCGGUAAUUGACGUCAAGGGUCAGCUCAGCGACAACGUUUUCGAUUCCUGGAGCAAGGAGGAUCUGGAGGCGUGGCUCCAGUCCCACAACAUUGAGUUCGAGGACUCGUUGGAGGCCGCCAAAGAGCACAAGGACCUUCUUUUUGAGGACUUUACUGCCAAGGCGGACUCUGUUGGUGACUCUGUUGGUGACGCUGGCCAGAAGAUCCUGUCCAAGGGCAAGGAAUACUACGAGUCGCUUGCUGAGAACGUUGUUGAGUUGUGGAAUGACAACAAGCUACUCGAGUAUAUCCACGAGCGUGGUAUCAAGGAGCCUGCUGAGUACACUCACGACCAGCUGGUCAAGUUGGCUCAGUCUGCCAAGGACAACAUGCCCGAGAUGCCCAAUGGCCAUUUCAGCCGCAAUUGGUUCUCUGGCUGGUCUCGCGACGACUUGACCGACGCCCUCAAGAAGGCCGGCCACUCUAUCGAAGGCUCCCGCAAGGAAUUGGUCGACCGGGUGUACAAUGUCUAUACUGAUGCGUUCAGCAAGGGCCAGGAGGUUGGCGAGAAGGCACAGAAGAACGCCGAGACUAUCAAUAACGACGUGCAGAGCUCCUUUAUGCACUGGAAGGAGGCCACUUUCGACAAGUGGUCUCUGGACGACCUGAAAGAGUACUGCUCUGACUUCAGCGACGAAGUUGCCAGCAAGCGUGACGAUCUUGUCGCCCAGGCUAAGGCCAACUACGACCAGGUCGCUAAGAACUUGCGCCCCAAGAUCAAUAACCUGCGCAAACCUCGCGUUGCCCGCCCCCAUGCCUCCAAGCAGAUUGUUGCCAAGCUCAACACCUACUGGGCAAUGGCAUCGCCCUAUGUCUACAGCGUUUAUGCGCCUAUCCACAAGGCCUUCCUGCAGUUUUACGCCUUCGUACGUAGCAAGUUUUAG